AUGUGUGUUAUGGGAGCACUAUGCCGAUUUCACGCCAAAUACGUUGUCGAAGGCGAAUUAGAAACGGAAUGGCUCCAGGCGGCUGGUCUAGGAUCUCUCGCGGCACCAUUCCAGGCUGGCCUGGAGGUGACGGAGGCCCAGCUGGGUGAGGCCGUCCGACCCUUGCCGCGGGAACAAGCGGCCGCCGUCAGACGAAGAGUCAGACGUCUGAAUAGAACUGUUAGACGAAAAAAGGCUGCGACGCGCGCCAGGAAACCUGAUAUAAGGGAUGUCUUCCGUGAUUUAGAGAAUUCAAGUGGCAGCGAGCCUCGGUCGCGCAGUGCGACCCCGGAUUCUCUGGACUCGCUGCCGAGCGGCGGAUCAGGCAGUCCCCCAACUGAAUGGGCUGAUGCUGCCACACCGCCUGACUUUGUUGAUAGUUACCCAGCGGGCACGCACGCACCAAUCGCGCGAACACCGUCAGCGCCGAGCGGGCGACGCGCGCGCCUCUCCCCUCCCGGACCGAAUUCCCCACCUCGGCCCGUGCACGAGCUGUUCAAGCCCAACGAGCUGCAUUGGGCUGAUAUCGCUUCUAAUACUGAAGGCAUAGAGCUCCUUGGCUACCAACGCUAUGGGACCGUACAAGGCCCAAGGAUUGGCAAGGAGCGGAUUAAUGGCUCCAUACUCAAAGAAAACGAUGUUUUUAUGAAGCACGCGCCUGUAUCUCGCACGAAGAGCGCAGCAUCUUCGCAGCCUCUCAGCUUCGAACACAAGUUCAACCUCGACCGACAGAUGCUCGAACACGACGAAGAAUGGCCCGAACACGAUAGCACAGUGGACAUUGAGAGUUUUGGAGAGUCACAGUUCAAGAAACUCCAGCCUCUACUCUGGCUCGAAUUGACUGCGUUAUUCGACAAGUUCUCGCUCCCAUUCCACAAGAGAAAACCGCCGAAGAAGAAGAGGAAAGAAGAGGGCGCCGUAUUCGGAGUGGCUCUAGAAACCCUUCUACGUAAGGAUAUGAUCAUUUGGGAAGAAACUUGGAGCUCCGUUCCAGCCAUAAUUAGGACUCUCAUUGAGGCCCUACGAGACAGGACCAGGGAUGAGGGACUGCUUCGGGUACCUGGGAAUAAGCAUAAGAUCGAAUCGCUCUGUCAGCUGAUAGAGCAGCAGUGGUACAGCGAGCGUGGCGGUGUUCAGGCGGCCCUGUCCCGAGCCACUGGACACGAUCUUGCAGCCGUCUUCAAGAGAUUACUCCGCGCGCUUCCGCAGCCUCCGCUCACACAGGAAUUGGCCAGGCUGUUCUAUCACACGUAUGCAUUAUCAGGCAGCACCCAAGGCCGUGCACUAAAUCUCCUAGUUUUACUUCUGCCGGCCGAACAACGUGCAACAUUACGGGAGAUAUUACGACUAGUUCGAGAGAUUGUAGAGAUGAGUGAUACCAACAAGAUGAGCGAACAUAAUGUUGCCAUGAUUAUUGCGCCGGCGCUCUUUCCACCCAGUCUUCUCCUGAAGCAAACAGACAGUCUGGAAACACAAUUAGCAACAGCGGCAAACAGCUGUCAUGUCACAGAAGCGUUAAUGCGAUGGAACGACCAACUAUGGAUGGUUCCUGCCUCGCUUCUCGCCGCCUCUCAGAGGAAACCGCAGCAACACAGACGAAAUAAUCACACUUGA